AUGUCCACCACGGCAGACAUAGACACUGCACUCCGCGUCGUCGUCUCUCCCUCUCAGUCUUCAUAUUUCGCAGGCGAACCUCUACAAGUUACCAUCACCAUCACCAACACUCGCUCCGCUUCAGAGCCUGCAAACUUACCUUCGCUCUCUGCUGCUCGCCACGCUCACAAAAGAAGUGCUCACUCUGUCAGCUCCGCCCCUCUUGCCCGGCCACCUACGUCGCCUGUCCCCUCGUCCCCCCGCAUCUCCUCCCCACUCGCACGCACACCCAGUACUUCAUCCGACCCGCCCGUCCCCGCACACCAUCCUCACGCCCGUAAACCCUCUCUGCUCGAGAUCCCCUCCCAACCCACGGCCGCCCCACUUGUCAAUCAGCCAGCUCAUCCUUUUAACGGUACUUUGUCGCAACUACCCCCAGUCCCACAAACAGCCUCCGCUUCCGCUUCUUCAUUCUCCGUCUCCCUAGACCCCAUCGCCGAAACUCUCACGUCACCUAUUCCUCAAACACCCGGUAUCCCUUCCCCGAUUACUCCCUCCCAUUCCUUCGCCCCGACCUCCGUGCCUGCCCCUCUCAUAAAUGGCAGGAGCAGGAGUAAAUCCGGCGACGCACUGACAAACGGACACGCAUACCCUCCCCGAGGCCCACCCACCACCACUACCACAAACGACAACACCAACACCCGCAAACCAGCCCAACAUGCCCUCGGGCACGGCCUCCCCUCCUCUUCCUCCCUCACCGACCUCGGCUCCUCAUCCACCCCCCACAAACCCCCACCACCCAAACGACAAUCCACUCUCCCCACCCUAGGCCCCCUCCCAAAUAGUGAACUCGUCCUCUACGCCUACGUCCAACUCACCGGCCUCGCCACUCUCGCUCCCACGGCCUCCGCCUCCAACACGCGGAGCGUGCCCCUCGGUGCCUUAAGGGACAAAUAUACCAAGGCGCGGGGGAUGGUGUGUGGAGGUGGGAGUAUGGAUAUUACGGGCUCCGUGUCCGGGAUGGGUGGGGGAAUGGGUACGCCGAUGAUGGGAUCGGGAGGCGUGGGCGCGGGGAUGGGCGGGAUGGGCGCGGCGAGGAAGAGACAUGCGAGGAGCACGAGUUUGACGGCGGGAUUGUUGUCGUUACUAUCCCCUGCUCUCGGUGGAGGAGGAGGCUCGAUCCCGUCACACUCAAGCGUUCCGUCUGGUGUGGGUUCGACUGGGGUUGGAGGGGCUUCCGCUGCUGGUUCGGGAUGGACACCGGGACAUAGGAAUCGGACGUCGUAUAUCGGAUCGUUAUUCUCCCCUUCGGUCUCGUCGUUCUCGAUACCUCCAACACCAAAAACGGCGACUGGUGUUCCCCCUCAAUCCCAAUCUCAGUCCCAGAAUCCGGGUGGGAAAGGCGUGGGGUUGGGUUUAGGCGUAGAUGGGAAUGUGCCGAACGGGAACGGGCAUGUCGGCGUGGCGAAUGGAUAUGGACCUGGACAUAGGAAUGGGCAUGUGAACGGUGGGAGCGUGGUGGUGAGAGAGAGACAGAGGGAGUACAUCCCGGCACCACCACAAGGGAUGUUGGUGGAUGAGUGGGACCCUGAGACGGCUUUACCUGUUUUCGAAGUUCGACCUGCGAUGUUGGCUGUCGAUCUUUCGUUAGGGCCGGGCGAGUCGAGGUCUUAUACAUAUACGGUAGCCCUCCCCUCGCAUCUCCCACCCACAUUCAAGGGAAGGUCCCUCAAAUUCUCAUACGAGCUGGCGGUCGGGACAUGUCGCGCCUCGACCUCCUCCAAACCUCCAUCGAACGCGUCGAACUCGAGUCUAGGUGGAAGCCCGAGCAUAAACGGAUCGACGAGCACGAGCAGUAGCAGGGUCAUGAAGGUGCCAAUCAGGGUCUACAAUCAUGUUUCCGUGGAUAGACCACAAAGACCGUACGAUCUUCUCGGGCUCCCGAGUUCGUCCCCUGAGAUCCCGGCAGAGGCGAAAGUCGCAGAGAUCGAGGUGCCUCUCACAGUUCCUGUCCUGACGCAUAAACAGGCCCUGUUCGGAGUCGGUGCUGGAAAUGGAAAUGGAGAUGGAGAUGGGGAUGGUGAGUACAGGAAUCAGAUUUCGUCGCCCGUUUCGCCUUCUUUGAGUCCGCUGCCACCGCUCAAGGGUUCGAUUGGGGAUCUAAGGAUGUACGGCCUGAGGUUAUUACACGACGCCGAACAAGACAAACUACUGUCCCCAUCAAUUACCUCGCCAAAUGGCGCACCGUCUCUCUCCCCCUCAUCCGCCUCUUCCUUAUCACCCUCAUCCGCCUCUUCCUUAUCACCCUCAUCCGCCCUCUCCCCUCCCACCUCCGCCCUCUCGCCCAUUUCCGAACCCGAUGACGCCCCCACGGGGACACUCCGCGGGUGCCGGGAAGCCGUGGAGAUCCUCACGCGGGUGCCGAAGAAGGUUUCGUAUGAUGUGCAUAAGGACGGGGUGAAGGUUGCGGUGUUGACGUUUACGAAGCAGGCGUGGAGGUUGGGGGAGACUGUGGUGGGUGUUGUGGAGGUGAAUGAGAGGAGUGGGAGGGGGAGGGUGUUGAAGCUCUCGGCGAUGCUCGAAGCGCACGAAUCUCUCCCCGCAGACCUGUCCGCCCCCUCCGACGCACGAUAUCUCAAACGCGUCCACGCAGAACAUCACACCUCCUUCGUCGCCUCCACAUCCCGUACGACCUUCUCCCUCGACAUCCCCUCCGACGCGUCCCCCGCCUUCCAAGUCUCUCUGGACCCUCCUUCUUCCUCCCCUACUCCGCCGACAUACACAUACGGACAACCUUUCAACACCAACGGUCAGUCGAUCGGGAGUGGAAGCAAGAAAGGAGGCCUCGAAUGGAAAGUCAGGCUUUGUCUCCUUGUCGCCGUCGCCAAGCCGAACACCUGGGCAGGCAAAGAAGGCGUUCGGAUCAAAGGAUUAGUGAGACAAGGCGCGAAGGGCGAAUGGGGAAGCAGUUGGGUGCCGACCGGGGGUAUUGGCGGCUUGGAGAGGGUUUUGGGGACUCCUCCAGCCGCGUCUAGCUCGCCACCUGGUCUCAAUGGGAAGGGAGUGGGAAUGGGAGCUGGAGCCAGGGAUGGGAGUGGGAAUGAGAAUGGAGGAGAGAAGGGGAAGACGAAGAGUUGGGGGGAGUUCUUCGCGAGUGCGUUCCUGGGGCCGACGGAGAAUGCCUUCCAUGACGGCGAUCUUGAUUCUUACUCUUCUGAAGAGGAAGAGGAAGAGGACGACUUGUCGUCGAUUUCCUCGUCUGAUUCACCGGGAAGGAGGGACCGAGCUGGCAAGGGACGGGGCGGAAAGGGGAAGGGUGGGAAAGGAGAAGAGGAUCUAGGUGGUGGGAAGGACGGAUGGACGGAGUUGGGGGUCGAGAUGGUGGAGUGUGAGGUGCCGGUGAAGGUCUGGCCGGGAAAUACGGCGUUCAGGGCUAUGGAUGUUUUGUUCGACGUUUGAUGGGUUUGACCGACUUGACCUACCACCGACUUCGAGGCAAGGAGUGGGGGUUAGGGGUGAUAGAUUGCAUGUGGAGUGGAGGAGUUUCGGGGGCCGGGUGAUUUAUAUCCACUCAGCAAAAGUCGGGGUUGACGUUCAAGAUCCUCGAGGUACGAACGGAAGACAGCAAACUCCACUACUCGGAGCUACGGGAACAGGACCAAUACCGACCACGGAUAGAAAAGGUUGGGUUUAGAGGCGGGGAAGCGUCGUGGUGAUCCGGGGAGGCCUUAUCGCGCUCGGCAUCGAACGGAAUACGAAACACACCGUUUGGACAACACGAACGAAUGGACCAGGGUAUUUGGGCUUAAGGGACUGUGUACCCAUCCAGGACACAUACAGAUGAUCCACCUCGAGCCUCGCCCGACCUCGUCCAGCUUCGAGCUCGUUAUCCGCAACUUCCCUCUGCUCCUCAACGCCUGACGGUCCGACUCCAUCCUCCGAGGUUCGAAAGACGAGAGAGUCGGAAGAUACUUGGGUGUUCUGGGUGCGAGUUGUGUGUGGUUCAGUGUUGGCGUAUUUCUGCUGUGCCACAACUUGCGGAUCAGGUAUGGGUCCCUUUCGACUCUCGAUUGGUUGGCCACGGACGGAGAGACCGCAUGUAUGUAAAGUGGCCCAACAGGGAAGACAAACGAGCGAACCGAUUCGGAGUACUUCGCUGCCAGUGGGCAAGUUAGAUCACAGUCUUUCCGCUCGGAGGGCACGGAUGGGGACAUUUGCCUGAUGGAUGUACUAGAGACAAUGAUGAUCUGCGGAGUGUAGGACAAUCUGUAUGGUCACAAUGUAAC